AUGGCCGCCGCGUCGGAGGCCGCUUCGCUCCGCGUCUCCGCUUCGGCGGGGAGCAGCAAGCACCACGGCACGCAGGGGCCGGCGGCAGGCCACGGCCGCGGCCGCCGCGCGCGCGACGCGCUCGUGUUCGCGGCCGGCGUCGCGGCGGCCCUGCUCGCGCUCGUGGGCACGUCAUCGGUCCUCCACCCCGGCGGGCGCGGCGGCCUGCUGGUCUCCCUGCCCGUGCCCGUCCCCGGCCCAGACGACGGGCCACGCACGUUCUACGACGACCCGGAGCUGUCGUACGCCGUGGCGGCGCCGGGCCGGCGCCUCACCGGGUGGGACGCCAAGCGCGCGCAGUGGCUGCGCUCCCGCGGCCGCCGGAACGCGCCGGAGCGCGUGGUGAUGGUGUCGGGGUCGCAGCCGGAGCCGUGCCCCGGCGCCGCGGGCGACCACCUGCUGCUGCGGUUCCUCAAGAACAAGCUCGACUACUGCCGCCUCCACGGGAUCGAGCUCCUCUACAACCGGGAGUUCCUGCACCCGGCCAUGACGGGCUACUGGGCCAAGAUCCCCAUCGUGCGCGCCGCCAUGGUCGCGCACCCGGAGGCGGAGUGGGUGUGGUGGGUGGACUCCGACGCCGUCUUCACCGACAUGGACUUCUCCCUCCCGCUCGCCAAGUACGCCGGCCGCAACCUGGUCGUCUACGGCUGGCCCCACAAGUUCUUCGUGCGGAAGUCGUGGCUCGGGCUCAACGCCGGCGUCUUCCUCAUCCGGAACUGCCAGUGGUCGCUCGACUUCAUGGACGAGUGGGCGAGCAUGGGCCCGGCCUACCCGGAGGAGCACGCGCGGUGGGGGAAGACGUUCAGGGAGGCGCUCGGCGACAAGGACUCCGACGUGGCGGACGACCAGUCGGCGCUCGUGUACCUGCUGCUCAACGGCUGGGAGAGGCUGGGGAAGAAGACCUUCGUCGAGACGGAGUACUUCUUCCAGGGCUACUGGAAGGAGGUCGUCGACCGCCUCGACGGCGUCGCCGCGCGGUACGAGGCCGUCGAGCGGCGGGCGUGCACGCCGGGGGGGAUGGGGAUGGGGCUCCGGCGGCGGCACGCGGAGCGGGAGCACCUGCGGUACGCGGCGGCGCGGAACGCGGCCGUGAGCGGCGUCGUCCCGGGCCCGGCGGGCGGCGGGGUGGAGGGGUGGCGGCGGCCGCUCAUCACGCACUUCGUGGGAUGCCAGCCAUGCAGCGGCGGCCGGAACCCGAUGUACUCGAGGGAGAGCUGCGACAACGGGAUGCGCCGCGCGCUGGCGUUCGCCGACGACCAGGUGCUCCGCGCGUACGGGUUCCGCCACGCCGCCCCGCUCAACGACACCGUGCGGGCGCUGCCGUUCGACUACCCCGCCGCGCGCGCCCGCAAGCAUUGAACGCAAAAUUCACAAUUCCAAGCUUAGCUGCGUGAUGAGAUCUUGGCGGCGAUGUUUACGGGAGGUAAAGGAACACUGGGCCUAUUUGUGUUUGGGCCUCAAUUUGUCUCGUGUUUAUAGUUUUGACUAGGUAGCGUACCCGUGCGUUGCUACGGGACAACUAAAUUUUUUUAUUAUAAAUAUACGGAUCACAUGAUAAAAUAAUAAUACUGUCAAAUUAAAUACCAACAUUAAAGUGCCAUUUAAUAUAAAAAGCAAUGUUCAUGAAAUUAACAUUAUAACUCAAGUUUGACGUAUGCUGUAUCAUUACAAAAAAAACAAUGUUAAGAGUGUAGCUCAUAAUGAUAAUCUAUAUCACCUAAUAUACUCUCGCAUCAAGCCACAUCAUCGAAAUAUCAGCCAUUACAUAGUUAUACCAAUUUCUUUUAUCUACCCAUCCACUAAUCAUACAUGGUACAUCAUCUCUUCACCUGCUUGACAGAGUAAUGUCCUUUGCAUCCAUGCUUUUGCUUCUUUGUGUGCCAAUCAAUGUUGCUUGGAGGAAAACUAUUUUUGUGAUGAUGAAUGGAAUCAACCAAUGUACAGCCACAGUAGUAGGUACAUGACCACAAAUAUUAACAAAUAAAACAUAUGGAGCUGCAAACCGCUCCUGUAAAACCAAAUUAAAUAUGGACAAGUGAAAACAAGUGCAGGCUGGGUGGCUAUAGGGAAAUAAAGAAUCAUAGAAAAGAUCACAUAUAGUUAGUUUUCAGCUUCAUGCUAUUGGCAAUUUAUUUUUCUCUCAUUUCCUACUCGAAACAUAAAAUUAAUGUGACUAAUAAAAUAAAUCAGAUUAUAUACUAUUAGUAAAGAGAUAUAUGCAUGCAUCAUUCGAAUGUCCAGUGCAUUCAAAUGAUCCGCAGUAUGUCAAAAUCCAUACAUCUAGAUAGACCAUAUAUACAUACAAGGAGUGUCUUUUUUUGGAACUCAAGUGAUGGGACAUGAGAAGAAAAACACAUAUUCGAAUAUCUCAGUUCUAGCAGUUCAAAUUAAGUAGAUCAUAUAUUAAGCACCUCUGAAAGCUAUCAGGCAACAAGUGAAAAUACCAUACUUCCUCCCUUCUAUCUUAAAGAUCUAUCAGGUACCAAAAAAAAUCAACAAAUCUAGAGUGGAAUUCAACUUUCAGUUGUCUGAAGAGUAACGGCUAAUGCUUGCAUGUAGGCACAUUUUAGAAUAGCCCUAUCUAUUUGCAAGAGUGUGGACAAGCCUCUCAGAUGCAAGUUUAUUUUACCAUUAGGCGAGGAAUGACUUGAAGAAAAUAAAUAAACAACAGGUAUAAGAGGGCAAUUAAUUAAGGAAACUCAUGGUUGUAGUUUCUGUUUUCACUAUUCAGUAUUUAGCAGUAACCUAUGUAUUUGUAUUAUUUGUAUUCGGCAAUUGUUGAUUUUGUGCUAACAUAAUCAGUAUUUAUAGAUUUCAGGUUUACAGAAUUGUAGACUACAUGUCAUUGCUAGAUGGUUGUAUUCCUGAGAAAGGCAUGUAGGAGGCCAGAAAAAUAAAACAGAAAAGAUAAUUUUGAAGGGGUUUCUUUGAAUUUUGUCUGAGCAUACAGAAACUAAUUGAACUUCACUGCAGCAGUUGUGGGGCAGGGUUCACAUUCAA